AUGGUAGGGUGGAAAUUUGAACUGUUUGACUGUCAAGAAAACUACUUUAUGUUUUUCUGGUCACUUUGCGUCCCUUGUGGAUACCACUGCAUGCAAAUGCUCAAUGCCAAACAGGCAGAACCAAAUAACAGGCAUGCAUCUUUACGAGCCUACUCGCUAGUUCUAUUCCUGGGAUGUUUGGGUGGCUCAUUAAAUCGGCAUAUGCUCAGGCAGUCAAUGAAGAUUGAAGACAACUCGAUUUGGGAUUUUAUUCAUUGUUUAGUUCCAUGCUGCGCUGUGACACAAGAAUGGAUGCACGUUAUGAGCAUUCAAAAAGGAAACUCUAAGCUUAAGAUCACUGAGCUUAAGGUGAAUCGCAUAUAA